AUGAGCCCGAAUCCCAAGGUCCCGCAGCGCUGUCCGACGACUGGUAGCAAAUACACGGGAUUUGACUUACCGACCGAGCUGGUCUUGUCUAUUGCAGGCUUCGCCUCGCGACAGUCCCUUGGUCGCCUUUGUUGCGUUUCCCGUCGCCUCUGCUCGAUUUUGGUGUACCCCCUUUACGAGACGAUCCUCCAUUUGGACGAAAGGCAGUCUGUGUUGCUAGCGUGCACCCUUCGGACCGCGAAACCUCCAAACUGGAGACCCCAUCCUGCAGAAAUCAUUAAGACAGUGACCUUCACCGACGAUGAAGGGACGACCGCGAAUGGAUGGGACGUGAGCAAUGCCACCAAGGCCCUCGAAAACCUCGUUCGUUGUGUCCCAGGCGGCACUGGGUCUCCGUUAAGGACGCUACAUUGGAGCGUCUGCUCUUUCAUGGAUCGCCUCGGUCCGCUUCUCAUGGCCCCUGGCAAUUUCCCAAAUUUGAAGGAGCUGUUCGUUAUAUCGAAUGGGACGAAUCGAAACUUUAUGUUCAUGCACAAAGGUGGCUUGGAAACAUUCAGCUUGGAGUUGAGCAUAGAUUUAUCCGACGAAGACGAAGCUUGUCUGCUCUACAAGCUGGGCGAAUCGAUGCAAAUGUUACCUAUUACGAGCCCCGACCUUCGUUCUCUCCGAAUCAAGCUCGAUAUGUGGUUUGAAGACCUUCCCUUCCAUGGUUGCAGUGAAUUCACGAACUCUUUCAACCAUGUGCGGUUCCCAGUACUCGAAAAACUUGAUCUCUCCGUGUCCUUCAGAGCCGACUAUGGGUUCGUUGGUGGUGAUGAAGAUGAAGAGGAAAUGGACUUCAUGCCGUUCUUGACUGCUCACCCAACUGUUGUUGAUCUUUCCUUGUGGGCAAUGGGAACGGAGCCUCUGGAGAAUAUCCCGAUGUUCUCUAAUCUACGCUCUUUCAAAGGAGUUCCUGCAGACCUUACUCUCCUCCUUCUUCUCAAGCCUCAGCAGCUUAACUCGAUCUUCAUCACGCUCGUCCAUCGCACCGAUUACGAAGCCCCGUCUUUCUACAUCCCUCUCCUUGACACCCACAUGGGCAUAACAAGGCUCACCAUCGAAGCCUCCAAAGCGGACGGCUCGAUUCUCAAAAGUCCCGAUGAAGUGUCUCCGACGACCCUCGCAGCCCUUGCUUCGUCAUUUCCUAACCUCGAGCACUUGGACAUCCCCUUGACCGAACCAAUGGCCCAAUACGUCAAGGCACUGAAAUCUCUGAAAAAGCUCGAGACCAUUCGAUUGCACGAAUACCGCCGCAAGAAAAUAACAUCGAAACGACUGCUUGCCAAGGCCUUCCCCCACACGAAAUAUGUCCAACCUAUCCUAAACCAGCUCGUUCCCUUUCUCCCGCAACUUACGUCCGUCGAAAUCUGCAUUCUGGCAGACGACCGCGGGCCUGGCAGAGAGGUGAGGUGCACAUGUGGCCAGUGCGAGUCGUUCGAUGAAGAUGAAGAUGAGUCGGAGUUUAUGCUCCAACCUGCGGAGAUCGAAAUCGAGUAUCACUUCCAAAUUGCGCGGCCCAAGGAUGGAGAGGCCAAGGUUGUGUUGGAGCGGUCCGCGUUUAUCGAUGCACGACCUGCCACUAUGUUUUUCAACGCCUUAGCGGCAAUGUUGUAG